AGUCAGGCAGGCUCAGGGAAGGGCUCCCUAAACCCUGUGUGAGGGGCCCUCUGAAGUGGUGAAUAAUCCCCCCAGGGAUGGGAAAAUAACCCCAAGCCCUGCCCCCCCAAGAGACAGAAAUGAGCCUGGACUCCCUGUUCCAGCAAAUCCUCCUCACGGAGCAGCAAGCGGAAGAGAAGCGGCGCCUCAUGCACCAAGUUAAAUUAGACAUAAACAGAAGUCAUGAAAAAAUUAAGGAAAUAAAAGAAGAGCUGAAUGAAGCAAAAAUAAAAUUAGACACUAAGGUUCAACAGUUGUCUGAAAAGCUCUUCUACUUACAGCUUUUGAAAAAACGUGAAGACAUCUUAGAGAAAAAGAAAGUUGAACUUAUGAAUCAAAGGAGUAUUUUCCUCAAGAUCUUUUCAGAUACAAAGAAGAAAAUGGCUGAAGAAGAGGAGACAUUUAUUAAGGAAAUCACAGAUUUCAACAAUGAAUAUGGGCUAAUGUGUAACAGGGAUCUUUUGAUUAAAAAAAAAGCCAAGUCUGAAACAUAUGAUUUAGAAAUGAAGGCAAAUAUUUUGAAAAAUGAAAUGGAAUCAAUGGAACGUGAAAAUGUUCAGUUAAAUGCACUCCAGUGGCAGAAGAAUGAAUUAAAGCAGGAUUUAUUUACUCUCCAGAGCAAACUCAAAGAUAUUGAAGAACAACUACGUGAAGUUGAAGAUAUUACAAAAUGUUUAGAAGCAGAAAAAGUCAAAGUUAAUGAAAAGCCUCAGACUGACAUUGAAUGUUUAAGAAUUAAAAAAGAAAUAGAAAUUUACAAAGAAGAUGACUUGGAAAAUGUUUGUGAAGCUCUUCAAACAGAAAUUGAAUUUCUGCAGAUGAAAUUAACACAAAAUUCUUCAGGCAAAUAAAUAAUAAACAGAAGAUUGAUUUAAAUGUUACAGAAACCAGCCUUUGCAGUAAUUUAUCCACAUUUUAGUAAGCUUUUGUGGUUAAAGAAAUCAUCCUUUAUAUCUCUUACUGGGAAAGGAAAGAUUCUGUUUUUCAGAAGGUUUUGUAGCUUCUCUUUUUACUGUAAAUUAAUGUGAGAAUUUGGUUUCUUGAAAAGAAUAUUUUUGCUGUUUUGGCAAUAAUUUAAUUCUCAUAUUCCACAGGCAUCUCUGCCUAGGCUGAUCCUUUACUAUCUCCAAAUAUGGCAGCACACAAGCCAGUACAGAUAGAGUAGAGUCCAUAACUCCAUUCUGAGUGUACCAUUUCCCCUGUGUAUCCACUGUCAUAGUAUUCCUCCUCUUACUAGGAAAGGUAAUAGAAUGGGUCCCCUCUGAGACUGACACCUAUGUUGCCAGCAGGAUGUAUUUACAUGCCAUAUAGUUAUUUAUACUUUAAAAGUUCAAAUGUACAAGCUUCAUAAACGAGGUCAUAAUCCCAAAGUACACCGAUAAAAGUCCAGAAUAACUUCUAUGGAGUCACAGCAACCACAAAACCACUCUGCUAGUUAGUACAGGUUUUCUAAUUACUCCCUCCCACUCCCAAAAAAACCCGUACUAUCUUAAUUCUCAGCAGUUAACAUUACUGACUAAAUCCUAUUCUCAGUGCACAGUUUAAGUAACAAGGCUGUUUGAUGAGGCUUUCCUGGGGUUUAGGCUUAAAGAAUGUUCCCCACUCAAGGCUGCUUGAUCCACAAAUUGCCACUUCCGCUUCAGGGCUGCAGAUCCAUUGCUCUGUGUCCUCUACACUCCCUUAUGUCUGAGGUAAAGAAGGCAAGAGUUUAUCCCUGUAAGGAGCUAAUUCUGCAAUUCAAAAAUCCUGCAAAUUCAUUGACUUUAAUAGGAAUGUUGUCCACAUAUUGAUUUCAUGGUAGGUUCCAAAAUAUACUCUAAAACCACCUCGUUUAUAAACCAGGAAUUGUUACCAUUACCAAUAAUUAUUGCUGUUAAAGUUGAUGACGAUUGUUGACUGCAUAAAUAACACUGAAGUGUUUUUAAUGGAAGUUCUUUUAGGUCUUGAUUCAGCACAAUACUUAAGUACAUGCUUAAAAUUAAGCAUCUCAGUGAUCUCAGUGACUUCAAUAAUACUUGUUGACUAUGUAAAGUUAUGUGAGUGUUCUCAAGUCCUUUGCUGAACUGAAUCAAAUUCAGAGGUGGAGAAAAAAGUUAUGUCAGUCUGAGAACCUCAAGGUGGAUAAACUGGUGUAAUUUAUUGGAAGAAAGUGAAAAUUACUUCAAUCCGGGCCUUCUCUUUCCUGGGAUUAUGAUUUGCCUGCCUUGUUUAUUGAGAUAAUGUCAGUGACAUCUACUGACUAGGAUGUGACCCCUACUCUGAUGAAAACCUGUUAUUGAUACUCAACCUCGUUAUUCAUGUGUUUAAGAUAUUAAUUUACAAUUGUUCUUUGCGUCUCUUUUACAAUGGACUUCCAUUUCUGGGUAGCUGUUCAGCCCACAUAUAUAAAUUAUAACUAUAAUAGAUGUUACGCUAUUCAAGUACUGUUUAUGUGUACGUAUAAAAUUCAGAUGAAUGAUAUGAACAUCAUUAUUCAAAUAAAAUAUUAGC